CGGAAACACGACGUGUUGUUUCCUCCUCCUCCUCCUCUCGCUGCUCCUCUGAGCUCCACCAGGCAGCUCCAGCUCCAGCUCCAGCUCCAGCUCCAGCUUCAGGAGUCACAAACUAAACAUGGAGCACAAGCUGAUCCUGGCCGUGUCGGGCUUCCCGAGCCUCUACGACACGAGCUGCCUGAGCUACAGAGACCUGAACAUGAGAGCCGACUCCUGGCGACGCGUCGCGGACCUGGUCGGUGUCCCCGAGUCUGAAUGCAGAAGGAAGUGGAAGACGCUGAGGGACCAACACCGGAGGGAGAGGCAGCGGGAGAAAGAGAGGCGCGAGAGCGGCAUCGGGCUCUUUAACUACAGGCCGUGGAGGUACUCGGCCAUCCUGUCGUUUUUAAACCCGUUCAUAGACGCCAGAGCCGCCGGCACCAACGGCUGGGCUCUGGACCCGCAGCCCUCUCAGCACCACGCGUCUGAAAUGGGCUGCAGCACGACCACCGACACGCGGAGCGACGACGACGACGACUGCGACGACGAGAAUUACGACAUCUCCGUAGUAGACGCCACGACAACAACAUCAUCAUCAUCCUCAGAGUUCGUCCAGAGGAAGCGUCCGUCUUCUGCCAGCAGAGACGCCGUCCGAUUGAAAGAAGCAAAGAUGGAGGUGACCUCGGACGACUGCGUACAAGUACAACAACACGACAACAUGAAGGAACUGUUUGAGGUGAUGAUGCAGUCGGUGACGUCUCUAGCCGCGUCCUUAGCUUCGUCACAAUCUUCCUCGCAGCCCUCAGACCAGCUGACGCCUCUCGCUCAGUCCUCGCUGGCGGCGGCGGUCCUACAGCCCGACCUCCAUCACCUUCAGACGCAGCGCGGCCCGCUGCCGUCCUGCGCCGCCUCCAGGCUGAACCACUUGAAGACCGAAGAGCAGGAAGCUGAGGUGGCGGAGCUGUUGGACCAAACCGAUGGCGAGGAGGAGUGCGGCGCUGCGUCUACCAGGCCGACCCGGGCCAAGAGGAAGAGCGGCGACGGUCUGCUGGAGGAGUGCCUGAGGAGGAUGGAGGCCAGGGAGGCUCAGAGAGACCGGGAUCUGGACCAGAGAGACGAUGUCACGCUGUUUUUACUGAGCUUGGCUCCGGCCAUGAGGAGACUCCCUGCAGAGAAACAGUCGUGGGUCCGAACCAAGAUCCAGCAGUUUCUACACGAGGCCGAGUUCGGUGCCACGAGUUUUCAGUGAUCCCAAACUAUUUUACAUUUUUAUAAAUACUGUGUGGAUCACACAUUUGUGGACUUUAACAAUCAGUUUAUUCACUUUACAGAGGAGUUCAUUAUCUCUCUCCAUUUAUAUGAUACUGUAACUUCUCCUUUCUCAUAUUUUUGUGCUGUUUUUAAAUAAAAAAUCAUCUUGUGGCGAUUUA